UAAUGCACCUUUAACGAUAGUUGCCAACCGCCAUUAAACAGGAAGACGAAGAAGAAGAACAACACGGGCACUGACACUUGUCGUUUACCAGGAACAGUGGGACCAUAAACACAGUCACGGAGGAGUUCGGGAAUCUACCCAGUGUCCGCUUCAAAAAUGUUUUCUGAAGGAAGCUCAUUUCUGAAGGGGAUGCUCAUGGGAGGGAUCUUCUGCCUGGUGCUGUCGCUCCUGGCCAGUUUUAUCCCCGGCACAGAUUUCAUGACAGAGGAGGACCACCACCAUCAUCAUCAUGUCAAAGCCCCAAGCAAAGAAGAGUUGAGGUCUCUAUCAGACACUGAGAUGCAGAAGUUGAGCAAACAAAUUGAGGUUUACUGCGUCAUCAUGGUCCAGCCCAAGCUCCUCACUCACUGGGCAGCAGCUCUGGACACCUGGAGCAAACACUGUGACAAAUCUGGGUUUUACACCUCGGAGAACUCCAAGGCUUUCGAUGCAAUAGACCUGAAUGAAAAAGAUAACUGGACAAGGUUACGUAAAGCUUUGAAGCAUGCCUUUGACAAUGCUGGGGACAUGCGCUGGUUCUUUGUGGCACAGCCCACCACAUUUGCCAUCAUUGAGAACCUCAAAUACUUGCUGCUCACAAAGGAUCCCAGCGAACCCUUCUAUUUGGGCAAGCUUAUGAAGUCAGGCGAGCUUGAGUAUGUGGCCUACGAUGGUGGCAUUGUUUUAAGCUAUGAAGCUUUGAAAAGGCUGGUGCACGUGUUUGAGGACAAGGACAAAUGUCCAGAGCAUGUGGGAGCCCUGUGGGGGCUGAAUGAAGACAAGCAGCUGGCAAUGUGUCUCAAAUAUACUGGCGUGUUUGCAGAGAAUGGAGAAGACAUACAUGGGAAGGGCGUGUUCAACAGCCAGGGUAUCUACACGCUAAUAAAGGACAGCAUGAAUAACAACCCCACCAACGUGUUGGAAGGCUGCUGCUCUGACAUGGCAGUCACAUUCAAUGGGAUGUCCCCAAAUCAGAUGCAGGUCAUGAUGUUUGGCGUCUACAGACUCCGUCCGUUUGGGCACGAUUUUCAUGACGUCCUAGCAUUUUCUCCUCCUGAAGGUUCAGACAAUGAUUAGACACUCGGUCCUUGAAACUGGAUGGGGCAUUUUAAAAAGUUUUUUGCAUCUGUGAUGGCAAAUGCUACAUUUUGGGAGAGGGUUUUCUUAAACUGUUGGUAAAACUUGAUCAUAUACUGUAUGUAUAUUUGUACUUUUUGCACUUGGCACAAUCAGCCCCAUUCCUUUUGACGUGUGGGUAAAUGAAGAGGUUGCUUUGUCCUUUUUGAAUGAAGAUUGAACCGGGAAAUUUAUCAAACUUGUAACAUGAGUUGUGGUAAUGUGGACGUUUUUGUAUUUUAGUGCUGGGCAGUAUAGCGGUUGUCAGUAUUUAUUUAAUUUUUAUGAUAUGACUAUGUCGUAUACUGCAAGACAGCAAAACACUGUUUGACGGGGGACCCCUUUCAUUGCUGCACCACACAUUAACUGAAGAAGUAAUCAGAAAAUAUGUAUUAGAAAACUAAUAAUGAGUGUAGUUACAAACACACAACAGUAAUGUGGGAUAAAUCUUUGGUUGUACCGCCCAGCACUACUGUGAUUAUAAUAUUAUUGUUUUCUAUCUUAAAUGAUUGGCUGUGUUGGUUAUUAAAUGUUACAUGUUUUUGAAAUGA